AUGGCAAGCCGAAUAGGAUAUUCGGCAAGAAUAUCAAACCUGGAGAAAAAGGCUCGGGGGGCUAUGGAGGGCUGGUUGAACGUUAAGAAAGAGAAAAGUGGAAAAAGGCAUGCAACAGGGGAUCAAGAUUGUGUAUCCACGAUUCAGAGAUUGGCAGGGCGUCUCAUACAUGGUCUAGAUCAGAGCUGGGCCAAUCGCUAUUUUCAGAACGUCCCAGCAGAGCGGUCAUUGAGAUUGGUGAAUAAAUACGAAUAUCUGGAGCCAGCGGCAAUUCCCGACUUUGGGGUUAGGGGUUACAUUUUUAAAUGA